AUGGCGACCGUGAUGGCAGCGACGGCGGCGGAGCGGGCGGUGCUGGAGGAGGAGUUUCGCUGGCUGUUACACGACGAGGUGCACGCCGUGCUGAGGCAACUGCAGGACAUCCUCAAGGAAGCCUCGCUCCGCUUCACUCUGCCAGGCUCAGGCACCGAGGGGCCUACGAAGCAGGAGAACUUCGUCUUGGGCAGCUGUGGCACAGACCAGGUGAAGGGCGUGCUGACUCUGCAGGGAGACGCGCUGAGCCAGGCGGACGUGAACCUGAAGAUGCCCAGGAACAACCAGCUGCUGCACUUUGCCUUCCGGGAGGACAAGCAGUGGAAACUGCAGCAGAUCCAAGAUGCCAGGAACCAUGUGAGCCAAGCCAUUUAUCUCCUCGCCAACCGUGAUGAGAGCUACCAGUUCAGGACGGGAGCAGAGGUCCUCAAGCUGAUGGAUGCUGUGAUGCUGCAGCUGACCAGAGCCCGCAACCGGCUCACCACUCCUGCCACCCUCACUCUGCCUGAGAUUGCUGCCAGCGGCCUCACGCGGAUGUUCGCCCCCACCCUGCCUUCUGACCUCCUGGUCAACGUCUACAUCAACCUCAACAAGCUCUGCCUCACCGUGUACCAGCUGCAUGCCCUGCAGCCCAAUUCCACCAAGAACUUCCGCCCAGCAGGAGGCGCCGUACUGCACAGCCCUGGGGCCAUGUUCGAGUGGGGCACGCAGCGCCUGGAGGUGAGCCACGUGCACAAGGUGGAGUCCGUGAUCCCCUGGCUCAACGACGCCCUGGUCUUCUUCACCGUCUCCCUGCAGCUCUGCCAGCAGCUCAAGGAUAAGAUCUCCGUGUUCUCCAGCUACUGGAGCUGCAGGCCUUUCUGA